UGCAUCCGGAUAUGACAAAAUACUCGUAGUACUCAAGUUUUACCGCAGUUCCGGCAACAAUUGCCGCCGAACUGUCAAGGGAGGCAAAUAUGUCGUUAUAGCUAUAUGCGGUUGCAUAUCCUAUUUUUUCGCGUUUACGCCUCCGAGAAAAUGGUUUUAAUACCAAAAGUGUUACGGACUUGUGGUUUAAUAUUAUUUAUUUUAGUAAACGUGCACGCUUUGGUAAAUGCACCAACGAAACCAUGGAUAGUAUCGUUUAAAGUGGUAGAAAAAUCGUGCGUAGAAAACAAUUGUAAAUAUUUAUUAAAUGUGCGUGGUGGUCAGUUUUUGGGGCAUUAUUCGUGGAGAUUGACCCCUAGUGAAGCCUUGCGAGGCGGCAGCUGUGAUGUGAUUAGUUCUAGUUACGAAUUGCGUAAAGUUAAGACUGAGGAAUGGAUAACUGAGAUUGAAGUGACUAUUCCCAAUCAUGAUGGUAAAACCUACUUCUGCCUGCAUGAUUCUGAGGGAAAAUUUAACCCCUUUGGUGGAGAAUGGGUGCACCAAGGCACAGAGUUGUUUUUGGAUCCUAAAAGCGACGAGGCGUCACAAAAUGUUGCGAAAUCCUCAACAGACCUCCAACAAGCCCAACAGUGGGACCUAUCCCACGACACAGACAUCAACUAUCUUCCCAACACCCCAACCCAUAAAAAGGACAUCGAAAUUCUCAAGACCAAAGAAAUUGAAUCAAACCUGAUUAGAAGAAAGCGAAAUAUAAUAGAUGCAAACCAAAGAAGUAAGAGAAAUGUCACCGUGACAGAUACUACGACUAAGGCAGAUAUGGAGUUUUACAAUGUCAAAACGGAUUGGGGUAAAAUAAAGAUUGAUGGGCUGAGGGUGGAGGAAGGAGAUAAGGAUCCGAAGAUAGCGAAUGGAGUCCCAAGUGUGCUGGCUGAUUCGAAGUUUAAGUUGAGACUAUUCGGACAAGGAUUUACACCUCGCACAGUGAUCGCGUUCACAGAAGAACCUCUUGAAUAUGAUCAACCUUGCAAGUUCCUCGUCAAAAAUGGAGAGUAUAUGGUAAUCCCAGAAUCCAUUGAGAAAGACCACGCCUCAGCCCUCUUCGAAGUAAUCGCACCAGCUCACAUAACGGACGGUCACCUUUACAUCUGUGCCAAAAACCUCCGUCCAGGCAUCUCCAGCCCUGCCAAAGACAAAGAAAACCAUUACCACCAAGGCACGGAGCUGUGGAAACGAGUUGCUAUUCAUCAGAAGCUGCUACCGCUUUGGGUGUCUUUGACACUGAUUCUGAUAUGUCUGACGUUUUCGGCGCUAUUUUCUGGCUUGAAUCUUGGUUUGAUGUCGCUUGACCGGACUGAGUUGAAGAUCAUAUCUAAUACUGGGACGGAACAGGAAAGAAAGUACGCCAGAGCCAUAAUGCCAGUCCGGGACCAUGGAAACUAUCUCCUCUGCUCCAUUCUACUCGGAAACGUGGCUGUCAAUUCCACCUUCACCAUACUCCUGGAUGAGCUGACUUCUGGACUCUUCGCUGUUAUCUUCUCAACCCUGGCUAUUGUGCUUCUUGGAGAGAUAACUCCUCAGGCAAUCUGCUCAAGACAUGGACUAAUGGUUGGGGCCAAAAGCAUCGUCAUUACUAAGGGUGUGAUGGCACUAACGGCGCCGCUGGCGUUUCCCGUGAGCAAGAUCCUGGACUACCUCUUGGGCGAGGAAAUCGGGAACGUGUACAACCGGGAGCGGUUGAAGGAACUCGUCAAGGUGACGACAGAAAUGAAUGACCUUGACAAGGACGAGGUCAACAUCAUUUCCGGAGCCCUGGAGCUCCGUAAGAAGACCGUGUCAGAUGUGAUGACGAAACUCGAAGAUGUCUUCAUGUUGCCUAUAACUUCAGUGUUGGACUUUGAGACUAUGAGCGAGAUUGUCAAAUCUGGUUACUCCCGUAUCCCAGUGUACGAAGGUCACCGCGGCAACAUCGUGACCGUCCUCUUCAUCAAGGACCUGGCCUUCGUGGACCCUGACGACAACACCCCGCUGCGCACCCUCGCGCAGUACUACCAGAACCCUUGCAACUUCGUCUUCGAGGAUGUCACCUUGGACGUCAUGUUUAAGCAGUUCAAAGAUGGUCACAAAGGUCACAUGGCGUUCGUUCAUCGUAUCAACAACGAGGGAGAAGGGGACCCUUUCUACGAGACGGUCGGCUUAGUGACACUAGAAGAUGUCAUAGAAGAAAUGAUACAAUCAGAGAUUGUGGAUGAAACGGACGUAUUUAUGGAUAACAGAACGAAACGGCGUCGCAACAAGCCAACGAACAAGCUACAAGAUUUCGCCGCGUUCGCCGAGCGACAUGAAAAUCAACGGACGCAUAUCUCUCCGCAACUCACUUUAGCUACCUUCCAGUUCUUGAGUUCCAGUGUCGAAGCCUUCCGCCCGGACACGGUAUCGGAAACUGUACUCCGUCGUCUACUAAAGCAGGACGUCAUACACCACAUCAAACUGAAGGGGAAGAGUAAAAAGGACAGCAGUACUUAUGUCUACCAGCAGGGGAAGCCUGUGGAUUACUUCGUGUUAAUCCUGGAAGGUAGAGUCGAGGUGACAGUGGGCCGAGAAAACUUGGUCUUCGAAGCUGGGCCGUUCACAUACUUCGGUGUGCAGGCUCUCACGCAAAAUAUUGGUGUUGCGGAAUCCCCAACCCCAUCAGCAAUGGGAAGCCUUCAAAACAUAAACAUGGACUCGAUGCUGCGCCACACUUUCGUGCCUGACUACUCAGUCAGAGCUACAACCGAGUUAUUCUACCUGACAGUCAAGAGGGCACUUUACCUGGCGGCGAAACGGGCUACCUUGAUGGAGAAGGGAGCUUUGUCGAAAGGAGCUACGAAUGAUCAACUGGAUAAUGAGUUAGAUAAGUUGCUCCAGUCAGUGGAUGAGGAUAUAAGCAUCAGUGGCGAACACAAGACUCCGUCAAGACAGGUGUCUCCCAACCCCCUCCCCGUCUCGGCGUCUCCGCACACCCGGUCCUCCUUCGCCCCCGGCCAGACAUCUGCUCCCCCGAACGGAACGGGGACUACAUAGGAGCACGGGACGAGCAGGAAAAACUACUCAAGUAAACCUUAUGAAGGUGAAGCUAUUUACAUGGGUAGCUAUCUUACAACGAGCAGUAAAAGCACAGUAUAAUAAAGAGUAUCGUACAGUAUGGCCGCUCCCGCUCCCCGCUGAAUGUGCCGCCCACCCCCUCUCGGUUACCUCA